GUUAAUGAAUUCUUAUUCCUCGCUUCCCUCCCAACCCGAACUCGCACGCCAAGAAUUCUAGAAUCUCCCUCCCUCUCUCUUCUGGAGAGAGAGCGAGAGAAGGGGAGAGAGAGAGGGGCCGGAGAGACUGGAGAGAUGAACGCGGCGGCGCGGAAGGCCGCUGGCGGCGGUGGCGGCAUGGGGCGCGCGCCGGCGCUCGUGCUGGCGCUGGUGGCGGCGGGGGCGUUCCUGAUCUCCUACAACUUCUUCGCCAUGCUGCUCCGCGGCGGCGGCGCCAGCGCGGCCGCGGGGGCGAGGGACCCGGUGGUGGCGAUGCCGGCGUGGAUGCGCGAGGCGGCGGGCCGCGAGGCGCGGCGGCGCCCGUUCCACGUGGCGCUCACGGCCACGGACGCGGCCUACAGCCGGUGGCAGUGCCGGGUCAUGUACUACUGGUACAAGCGGAUGCAGGCGCAGCCGGGAGGGGAGGCCAUGGGCGGGUUCACGCGCGUGCUGCACUCGGGGAAGCCCGACGGGCUCAUGGACGAGAUCCCCACCUUCGUCGUCGACCCGCUGCCCGCCGGCAAGGACCACGGAUAUGUGGUCCUGAAUAGGCCAUGGGCAUUUGUGCAGUGGCUUCAGAAAGCAAAAAUUGAAGAAGAGUACAUACUAAUGGCAGAACCAGAUCAUAUAUUUGUCAAACCUUUACCAAAUUUGGCCAAUGAUAACAAUCCAGCGGCAUUCCCCUUCUUUUACAUCACACCAUCAGAACAUGAAAAAAUUAUCAGGAAAUACUAUCCUAAAGAAAGAGGUCCUGUCACAGAUAUCGAUCCUAUUGGGAAUUCUCCUGUAAUCAUUAAGAAGACAGUGCUUGAGAAGAUUGCCCCAACAUGGAUGAAUGUGUCGAUACAAAUGAAAGAGGAUGAGGAGACAGAUAAAAAAUUUGGUUGGGUCUUGGAAAUGUACGCAUAUGCUGUUGCCAGCGCAUUGCAUGGGGUUCAGCAUAUCCUUCGUAAAGACUUCAUGAUUCAGCCGCCGUUUGAUACGAAGCUUGGGAACACAUUUAUCAUCCAUUUCACCUAUGGAUGUGAUUAUUCACUCAAGGGUGAACUGACGUAUGGAAAAAUUGGUGAAUGGCGAUUUGACAAACGGUCAUUCCAAAAUGGGCCACCACCAAGGAAUCUGACGUUACCCCCGCCUGGAGUCCCAGAAAGUGUGGUUACGCUAGUAAAAAAGGUCAAUGAAGCUAGCGCAAACCUUCCUCGCUGGGAUGAUGGAAUAUAAGCUGUGGCCGAUGGCAAAAUAUGUCCCUUGUUUUGGGAAAAUGCCAAAGUAUCAGGUGCAGUCGGCCAUUGGGGCUCAAUCAGUUUGCACCCAAAAUAGCUGCUUGCACUUGCAUAGUUACAUCAUACGUUAUAGAAGAAGAUAUAUAAUUUUCUCCUUAUACAGUAGAAAAGAAAAGUAAGUUAGCACUCAUAGUUUCCAUUUAAUUAUCUUUGUAAGCGCUACUGGCUGCGGAAAAUCUCAAUACAAAUUUUCGUGCGAGUGCGAUUGUGCUUGCAUUUUUUGUGAGAA